AUGGUCGCGGAUAUUGAAGUAGCAAUCCAACAGCAUGAAGAAGCGCUCCAUCUCACGCCAGAUGAUCAUCCAGGUCGAAAGGAUCAUCUUUUCAAUAUAGGGAAUGACUUCGCUCAGAAAUAUCAGAAAACAGGGUUCCUGGAAGACCUGGAAAUGGCUCUUCAGAGAACCCAAGAAGCGCUUGACGUCAUGUCAAAAGAUCACGCGGAUCGAGCUCGUCGUCUCGAGGGUCAUGGAUCCGUCUACAACCUCAAAUACGAGAAAACAAAGGCGAUGCCCGAUUUUGAAGCGGCUAUUCGGCACUACCAGGACGCCCUCCAUCAUCGCGUAUCGCCUCUCAGACAUCGAAUAUUAUCUGGGGAAAAGCUAGUCACCCUAUACGCCGAUGCUCAUGAUUGGCAAUCCGCAUACCACACCGCUGAUGUGACAAUUUCUUUGAUACCAGCCUUGACGUCGCGCUCCCUUCAGACCUCGGACAAACAAGAUCUAAUAGAGGAGAAUAGUCAUCUAGCUUCAGAUGCAUUUGCUGUUGCUUUGAAAGCAGAUCAAUCGCUUCAUGACGCAUGGCGGCUCCUCGAGCUUGGUCGCGGCACAAUCGUCGGCUCUUUACACGAGAUGCGCACGGAUAUCUCUGAGCUAUAUCAACAGCACCCCACCAUCGCGACAGAAUUCACAGAGCUUCGCGAUCAACCGGGUGCUCCGAAGGAAUCAAUGCAGGCUAUCCAACGUUACGAGAUGGCACAGAGAUUCGACAAUGUGAUCGAAGAGAUUAGACGUCUCCCAGGAUUCGAUCGGUUUCUUCUAGCCCCUACCGAGGAUGAGAUAAAGGCUGCUGCAGCCGAUGGCCCGAUUGUUAUCGUGAACGCUAGCAGUUACGGCUGCGACGCACUCAUCAUCAAAGAUACAUCGAUCAAGGCUAUGCCACUCUCUCGUGCGCGAUAUGACGAUGUAUGUAUCCGAGCAGAGACCCUCGCUAGUCCCGAGUCGUUGGAACUAGACCCACUGGAAUGGUUUUGGGAAGUGGUUGCUAGUCCGAUUCUGGAAGCAUUGGGAAUGCUCGAAACGCCCGUGGGUAACUGGCCGCACAUAUGGUGGAUUCCCACCGGGCUUUUUGCCAAAUUCCCCCUACACGCUGCGGGACGACACGACGGAUUCUCCGAUGGGGUCCUAGAUCGGGUUAUCUCGUCAUACAGCUCUUCUAUCAAAGUCCUGAUCCAAAGCCGACGAAACCGAUCAAAGCCUGCCGUAUCACCGAAGUCAGGCAGCAUAGUAUUGCUAGGCAUGGAAGAAACGCCGGGGCAAAGUCGUCUACAAUUCGUUCCAGAAGAGAUUGAGCGGCUAGAAGGGCUUCAUACGUCGACACUAUUGCGGAUAAUUCGUCCUUGA